AUGGUAUGCAUCGACGCAGCCAAAAGUGACGUGCACCCGCGGUGCUGCAUGGGCCGUGCAUGCACCGUUGCAAGCCCCGAACGCAGGUUGCUUCGGGUGUUCCCAGCAUCUGCAGACGCCUCUGUCAUGUCCAUGGCCUUCACCGUGCCGUCUGGCGUCAGGCCGAAUGAAUUGCGGGGCGUAGCGAGAGACAGCAGAAGGCUGGACCUAACUGAGAGAAGCUUUUGCAGCUGGCGCCCACUAAGAGCCACUGGGGCCGACCAAUGGCCGGGGCUGGAGGUUGGGCGCGACUAG